UGUCGCCAUGCAUCAUCGUCCGCCAAUCGCCGAGCUCGUCACGACGUCCGCCCGCCCGUCAGACUCUGUGUGACGCUGUGUGGAGGGGAGCGCUGCUGACCAAUCCACGAACGUGACUAGGUCCUCGACAACGAUGUCGCGUCAUUACCUACCACAGCCGACCAUGGAUUUUGUGAUACCGACGUCGCACGCGAGACAGGCUAUAUGUGUUGAGAUGGCUUUCCCAGUGGAGAUUCAACACUGUUUCGGAUGACGAACUGUUUGAUGUUUAUAACAGGGCUGGAUUAUAACUUACUUGAAUGGUGCCAUGUGAAAAUGAUCUGUGCCCCCUGUUAAUUUGUUACAGGAGAUUCUACAGCAAACGUGUUGUAAUGUGAAAGGAAAAUAUACCUGUUCCCUUUUUCAUGUGACAUGUGUGGUUUCCAUGACAGCUUUGACAACAGUUGUCAGUUGCAACAGUAAACACCAACUCAUUGCCAGCUCAGCACGUGACUGGUGUUUAUUUCGAGGCGCGAGUCAACACAUGCUGUGUCGUCAUACAUCGGAACUACACAUCAGUCUUACGUCAUCCGACUGUGUGAAGGCGAGCGUUCAGUGCCACUUCUGGGUGCACUAUUUCCUGUUACCUCCGAACAACCUGACUGUGUUAUCAGCAACCAAGACCCGUGCAUAUUUAUACUGGAUUGUACCACCUGACACCCCUUUCAUACUCCGAUUUGAACUCACCUACGACCUAGUCGAUUCUCCCAUCGGGAGGUACAGUGUGACACGCGGCAUCCAUGGUGACCGACGUCAGGUGGCGCUCCUGGGGUUGAUUCCGUGUCAGCGGUACCGCGUCUUCAUGGUGUCUGUAGGGACGACAGGUACGACCAGCAACUUCAGCAACAAGGUGGAGUUUACCACAACAGCGG